GCUGUAAUGGGUAUAAUGAGUGAGUAUACGAAUCUUAGUAAGAAAGUGGAGCAGAACAGAGAAAUGAUAGAAAAACUUGACAUUGACAUUCAACAUUUGGCCUCAAAAGUUGAAGACCUAAAGUCACAUGACGGUAUUGCAUCUGAUGUUAAAGAAUGGAUGCAUCAAAUGUCAGCUCUGAAGCAAAAUGACGCAAAUACUUUGGAUGUCAAUGCUCGUGUUAUGGAACUAAAUUGUCAAUAUUCAAAUCUGUAUAAACAGUUACAAGAGGUCAAAGGAAUAGCUGUUAGGAAUGCUGCUGAUAUUCAAGGUUUAAAACGAGAUAUGGAAAACGUUAAAUUGCAUGAAGAUAUCUCGCCAAAGAAAUUGCGAUGGAAUAUUCGUGACAAUGUAUCCAACUUCUGUGGUCGCAUCGAGGUUCUCGACAAAAUUCAUCAUUAUCUUCAAACCACAUUCGGCAAGAAAAAAUAUUUAGCCAUUGCUUUGUCAGGAUUGGGUGGGAUAGGAAAAACAGAAGUUGCAGCCAAAUAUAUCAACAGGUAUGACAAGGAAUACCAAAACAUUAUCUGGCUUGAGUGCAAUGACAUAGAAACAUCUUUGGUAGAAUUAGCUUCACGCAUGCAAAUAAAAACGCAGGUAUAUAAAGUCAAUAUCUUAACUCAACUUAUUUGCGACAAGUUAGGUGAUGGUAAGUGCAUGUUUGUAUUGAAUGGUGUCGUGAAUAAUAAGUCAAUUAAAGAUUUAAUGAAGAACUUAAAGAAUAUGAAGAACACACCUUGUGUUCUAAUAACAAGUCAGUAUAGUUAGUGGGAUGAUGUACACAUAAAACAUGUCCCAAUGGAUGUAUUUAAAAGUGAUGAAGCUCUCGGAUUCCUUCGUAAAUGUCUGCCAAAUUAUGAUCCUGUGGAAGUUGAAACAUUGGUUCAUGAUUUACAAUAUUUACCUUUAGCUUUGCAAGCAAGCAAAAAGCUAUAUUGUGAAACACUCAAUGUGCAUACCUGAUUACCUAGAUCAAAAGGAUGUAACAGAAUAUGAUAAAACAUUGCUUACUGUGUGGAAGAUGGCGUUCGAUAAACUUAAAGAACAUGAUAACACUCUUGCUAUCGAUAUUUUAAACAUGAUGGCAUACAUGGAUGGCAGUUUUAUCAACACUUCUUAUAUUUGAAUGAUAUUGAUAAGCUACAGCUGAAUGAGGCUGUAGAAGUAUUAUGUGAAUAUUCAUUAAUACAAGGAAAUACUUCGAAGAUUAUCACAAUGCAUAGUUUAGUGCAAAAGAUUACCAUGUUAUAUGAGAAAGAGGUCGUGUUAUCUUCAAAUUCAAAUUUAAGUGAAACGUAUACUUUAAAGUUAUCGAAAUUAUUAAACGAUAUAGUUGAGACACAACCGCUGUUAGAUGGUGAUCUUAAAGAUCUUUGGUUUAGACACAUGAAAAAACUUAUACUGUCACAGGACAAUUUUUGUAUGCCUGAUUUGAUCGUGUUGUCUACCACUGCUAUGGUAUAUGGAGACUUGUAUUUUCAUACUUAUUUGGCCAGUGUUGCUGUUAAUAUUUGUAAAAUUGUUUACAAUCAGUCCGGAAAAUCAGAAGAUUUUGAGAUGCUCUUUAACUACGCACUACAAUAUGCUAAUACAUUCGAGGUUAAUAGAAAUGGCGUAAGAAUGUUGCAGUUUAUGCAUGAAUUU